UAGUCUGAUCCUCCUCUCACCACUCUACAGCACUAGUCUGAUCCUCCUCUCGGCACUCUACAGCACUAGUCUGCUUCUUCCCUCGUACGAUAGGCUCAGACUAAAGCAAUCAAUGCUCAGCAAUGGCGGCUUCCUUGCUAACCGCAAUGUGCAGACUCCGCAUCAUGUGCGCUCCUCAUUGCUCCCUGUUGGGCAGUCGCAGUAUACGGACCCGUCCGCCGGUAUAUCCCGGAGAUCAGGCGGAGCUGGAGAGUGACGGGGAGCCGGAGGACGAUGUGGAGCGGGAUAUAAACAGUUCACUGAGGAGACGCCAGAAAGCAAUUCUGCUGAAAAGAAUGAAGAGGGAAAUGGAGCCUCCUGAACCCGCAGAGAGGCGUCUCACCUGGAAUGCAAUACAGCAGAUUAGGUACUUGAGACAGGAAUUCCCUGAAGAGUGGCCACUGUCCAGACUGGCUGCAGGAUUUAAUGUGAGCAGCGAUGCCAUAAAGAAAGUGUUAAAGUCAAGAUUUAUACCAAGCGAUGCAAGGAGAACGAAGCAAGAUGCCGCUGCUUUCAGGGUUCUUGGACAAAGUUCUCCAGGUUCCACCAAUGGCCAGCUACAGAUCGGGGCUUCUCCUAAAGCUGCAGCACAGCCGUUCCUACCACUUCAGGGGGACAAAAGGCAAUUGGCCAUCAGCCAGUCAAACCAACUUCUUCCUCCACCAAAAGCAUCAGAUUCCUCACAGUUAGUUUUAAGGACUGCAUCCCUGACUAAAUCCCAUGACAGACCACAAGUGCCUCAAGGUUCACUGCAAGGUGUUUCUCCUGCUGUGUCCAGUCAGGAUCUGACGACAAGUAUACAGGAAGAACCUGACCAGACCAUGAACAGGGAUGAGGGGAGACAUGAUGAGAAAUGGGAUGGAGAAGUAUUAAGUGACACGGAACUGGAAGAGUUGGCAAACAUUGGUGUCCCGAAUAACAUGAAGGUUGUACAGCAAGGAAGAGAGUUUUAUGAUAGUGAUGGUAUCUUUCUGUACAGAAUUUGAUUCUAAAGUGAACAUGGCAUCUCUUUCAUGAUUCCUGAACCGUGAGUCAUGCCGGAUUGAUAUAGACCUCCCCCUGUUUCGGCAUAGUGAGAGAUCUACCGAUCAAGGCUGGUUGGGUGGGGAGAAGUCGACAGGGACUGCCCCAUUGACUCCCAGUUAAGGUUACAUGAAAGUGAUGACAGGUUCCCUUUUAUUAUUGGACAAUCACAUUGACUCUGCACUGGCUAAUUUAUAGAAAACACAUUUGUGAAUUUCUUUGUUUAUAUACUUAAAAUAGAAACAGAUUAUACAACAUAGCAUCAGAAUCUGUACUGUCAUUUUGUUUGCACACACAUUUUGACACCUGAAGUAAGGACACAGACCUUAACCUCUUAAGGACCCAGGGCAUACCUGUACGCCCUCAGUCCGCUCCCUUUCUAUAAUGCGUGGCCCCGUGACAUAGCAGGUCAGGCCCGGCUUCUAACAACGGAUGGGACAGGUGGCUAAUAGCGCUAUUAACACUUUAGACGCGCCGUUCAUAGUUAAUCGCCGCUUCUAAAGUGAAAGUAAACUACCCCUGGCUAGCUCAGUGGGCUGUUUGGGACCGCCGUGGAGAAAUCGCAGCAUCCCAAACAGCUGGAACCCACAAGGAGGGCCCCUAUCUGCCUCCUGUGUUUCCGAUCGCCGAAUGACAGCUCAGUGCCUGAGAUCCAGGCAUGAGCAGUCAAGCAGCAGAAUCAAUGAUCAAUGUAAAAGAUCAGUGUGUGCAGUGUUUUAGCCCCCUAUGGGGACUAUAACACUGCAAAAAAAAAAAAGGGGGGGGGGAAAGUUAAUAAACAUCAUUUAAUGCCUCCCCUAAUAAAAGUUUGAAUCACCCUAUAUAAAACCUAUAUAAGUAGGGUAUCCUUUUAAGCGUAUGGACCUACAGAAUAAAGAUAAGGUGUCAUUUUUACCGAAAAAUGUACUGCGUAGAAACGGAAGCCCCCAAAAUUUACAAAAUGGCAUUUUUUCUUCAAUUUUGUCGCACAAUGAUUUUAUUUUCCGUUUCGCCGUAGAGUUUUGGGUAAAAUGACUGAUGCCAUUACAAAGUAGAAUUGGUGGCACAAAAAAAAGCCAUCAUAUGGAUUGGUGCAAAAUGGAUAGAAUUAUGAUUUUUUAAAGGUAAGGAGGAAACAACUAAAGUGCCAAAACCCCCGGUCCUUAAGGGGUAAAAGAAGAUAUCUCAUGUAGCAAAGUAAAAAAAUAAAUACAUAGCCAUUUCAUAGUAUAUUCACCCACCACCUCUCAAACAUAGACACUAACCCUUGACUAUGUUUAACCUGUGUAGAAGUAGAAAAAAGGCCAGAAGAGGCGCCUAGUGUGUUACCCUAAAAAGGGGGAGAAGGAGAUGGACCUCACUGUUAAGUGAGGAGAGUCGGAGAUGCUAUAAAAUGGCCGCUCACCUUGAGCGUAUGUAAAAUACGCAUAUUAAAACAUUACCAUAUUAUGCAGAGGUACAAUGGAAUUGGAUCCCGUGCAAGCCCAGAGGUCCCAGGAAGUAUCCAAUGGAAAUCCUGUAGUGGAGCUCAGAAAAUGACUUUUGGAAUAGGCGUUCAGGUGUCCAAGGAAAUCCCACAACCAAGUCAGAGAUGUGAAAUAAAAGUAGCUUGUUUUUUAAAUAAAUAAAACAAUAACAUGUUUCGGGGUGUAGCAACCCCUUCUUCAGAUUGGUAAAGUGCUUUUCUAUUAUUGUACACUGCUUUAAAAAAAAAAAAAAAAAAGUCAAGCAUUU